UUUAGUUGUUGUUGUGUACUUGUGUUUCAAUUCAUUCUUCGGUUGUUCUCUAUUUGCGUUUUCUCAUUUUCUUUCUUUCGUUCUCUUCCGUGGAACGAGUAGUAGAAACUUGAAAUCAAAAGGCAGCGGGGGAAAAAGAAAAGAGAGAAGUAGGGUUCGAAAAUGGCAGCAGAAUCAUCAGAGGGCGAAGAAGAAACCAAGUUAAGCGGAGGUAACCAAUUGCUCAUAGUUGACGAUGACUUAACGGAAAUGGGAAAGAAAGCCGCUUGGAGCGUGAGUUCCUGCAAACCCGGUAACGGCGUUUCCUCUCUCCGUGAUGACAAUCUCGAAACUUAUUGGCAAUCCGACGGAGGGCAACCCCAUUUAGUUAACAUUCAGUUUCAGAAGAAAGUUAGACUUCAAUUAAUUGUGCUAUACGUGGAUUUCAAGCUUGACGAGAGUUACACGCCGAGCAAAGUUUCCAUCCGUGCCGGUGAUGGUUUUCACAACUUGAAGGAGAUUAAGACCGUGGAACUCGUGAAGCCAACUGGGUGGGUUUAUCUUUCCUUGUCUGGAGUUGAUCCUAGGGAUACCUUUGUGAAUACUUUCAUGUUGCAAAUUGCUGUGUUGUCAAACCAUCUCAAUGGAAGGGAUACUCACGUGCGGCAGAUCAAAGUUUACGGGCCUCGACCGAACCCUAUCCCACAUCAGCCAUUCCAAUUUACUUCAAGGGAAUUCAUCACCUACUCUUCUAUAAGAUGAGAGUUUAUGGAAGGAUUUGAUGAAGCCACCAAGUGUUAAAUCAAAGGAUGCUUCCCACUAAGUUAUUAUAGCAUCUGGAAGGUCUGAAACCAAAUCACUACAGACCGAAAUGUCAAAAAUACAUUUCACUUCAAUAGUAUUCUUAAAAAUUGUCAUAUCAGUAAAUGUGGCCAUCAGUGAUUCAGUAUCCUUUGUGUCUUGCUAGUAUUUAUAAUUUGUUGAGAUUUGCAAUGCUAUUCAGGGUUUGACUUCCUUGAAGAGUUCUAUAUUUAUUAAUUAACAAAAUGAUAUGUGCAUUGUGUGAA